CAUCACAUCAUUAACGUUCAUAAUUUCAAAUGUGGACAUAAAUGUAAUUCAUCAUUUUUUUAAAAAAAUAUAUAAUAUAUAAUCUAUUAGAAAGUAAAAUUAAUAGUGAUGUUGAUAUGAAGGGCUGUGCUGCACUUGCAGGGCUCGGUCAUGGUGCCAAGCGAUAAGGCGCUGAUCCAUCCAUAUCAUAUGUGGUCGCAAAAUGGAACAUGACAUCCAACGCCACUCCACAGCCGUCCGAUGCAAAUCUGCAAUCACAAAUUAGAAAGCAGCGCCAUUAACCUCAAGUCUUCGUCUUCGUCUUCGUCUCAGUGUCUGUAAGUGAUUGGGCCGACAAUUAAGGAGGACUUGACUCAAACAGAAAAAACAAAAAAGACAUCAAAAGCCACACCCAUCAAGAAUCCCAAGUCUUGUACGUAAUAUUUGUGUAUGUAUAUAUGAUGAUUAUUGGAAGCAGUUAUUAGCGACUUAAUCAUCAUAAUACAGUCACAAUUUGCAGCCAUGGAGAAAAACCUUUAUUGCAUUUUGCCUUAUGCAUUCCUAAUCACCAUAACCUUCCCAAUGCUUUCUUCUGAAGCCAAACAACCUUUGAGCCUUGCAACUGAUCAAACUGCCCUUCUUUCACUCAAACAACACAUCACCUCCGACCCUUCUCUUUUACUUGCAACUAAUUGGACCAAUUCGAGCUCCGUCUGCAGCUGGAUUGGCGUCACUUGCAGCUUACGCCACCACAGAGUAGCUGCCUUGAAUCUCUCCAACAUGGCUCUCUCCGGCACCAUUCCACCACAGCUCGGACGCCUCUCCUUCCUCGUCUCCCUCAACCUCAAAAGCAAUUUUUUCCAUGGAGAUUUGCCACAGGAACUGUCUCUCCUUCGCCGUUUGAAGUUCAUAUCUUUCCAACUCAACAACUUCACUGGAGACAUCCCUCCGAUGUUGGGUCAGUUACCAAAAUUAGAGGACUUGUCUUUAAGCAACAACAGCUUCAUAGGUUCCAUCCCAAAAUCACUCUCAAACCUCACAAACCUACAAUUUCUUGACUUAACUUACAAUUCUCUAAGUGGAGAAAUUCCAAAAGAGUUUGGGAGACUUCAAAGGCUACAAAUUCUAGCUGUUCAAUACAAUCGUCUAUCCGGUGCUAUACCAUCAGCCAUAUUCAACAUAUCGACCCUUCUAUAUAUGGCCUUCAUAGACAAUGAAUUGAGUGGAAGUCUUCCAACAGACAUGUGCCGUAAUCUUCCAUUUCUUACUGAGAUUUAUGUUUCUUACAAUCAGCUGAGUGGCGAGAUUCCCACAAAUAUAUCCCAAUGUUCACGGCUUGAAAUGUUGGACCUCUCUUACAACUCUUUUAGUGGGGAAAUACCUUCAGAAAUCGGCUACUUAACAUCCCUUCAGGGUUUAGCUCUUGCUUCUAACAAUUUGAAUGGAAUACUACCACAUGAGAUUGGCCAUCUUCAGAGUCUUGUUAAAUUUACUGCUGGAGAGAAUGAGAUUGCAGGCUCAAUUGAUUUCAAUAUUUUCAUGAAUAUGUCUUCUCUGCAAAACAUAUAUCUAAGCCGCAACAAAUUCACGGGGAACCUUUCAAGGGAUGUCGGGAAUAUUACCAUGCUAACAGAGUUAUACCUCUCGGAAAACCAUUUUACAGGGCUUAUUCCCACUGAAUUUGGCCAACUUUACCAUUUGAAGAGAUUAGUACUACAAUUGAACAACUUGAGUGGUUCGAUUCCACAUGAGCUCUUUAACAUUUCAACUCUUCGGAUUCUUUCACUUACCUUCAAUGCUCUGUCAGGGGUUCUUCCAACCCAUUUAUGUCAUGCCACUCCCUCUCUCGAAGAACUUUAUCUUGGCAAUAAUUCCAUCACCGGAACAAUACCCAACUCCAUCUCUAACUGUUCUCGACUCACAAUUCUCAUACUUGCUGAAAACAAAUUCAGUGGUUAUAUACCCACUCAUCUCGGCAACCUAAAACAUCUCCAAAGACUUGAACUGUACAGCAACAAUCUUACCCAAGCACCAUUUUCUUCCUUCAUUACAUUAUUGACAAAUUGCAGGUCUCUAACUCAUUUGUCAUUUGGUGAUAAUCCUCUAAAUGGUGUUAUUCCAGCUUCUGUCGGGAACUUAUCUUCCUCCCUUUCAACAUUCACUGCCGGCAACUGCAAAUUCAGUGGCAGCAUUCCAGUUGAAAUAGGCAAUCUAAGCAAUUUGAUUAAAUUGGAUUUGCAAGGCAAUGAGUUAUCUGGUAAUAUUCCACCAACUAUAAGCCAUUUACAUGAACUUCAAGGAUUAGAUCUGUCUCAUAAUAUGUUAGGAGGCUCAAUACCACAUGCUAUAUGUGAUCUAUUCAGCCUCAAUACUUUAGUUAUGAGCCAUAAUCAAUUUUCAGGCCCAAUUCCUAAAUGUCUGGGAAAUGUCUCUUCUAUAAGUAAUCUUGGUCUAGACUCCAACAUGUUGAAUUCAAGCAUACCUUCAAGCUUAUGGGGCCUAAAAGAUUUGAACUCUCUAGACUUGUCCUCGAAUUCAUUAAAUGGGUUCUUACCACAUGAGAUAAGUAACUUAGGAGCAGUAAUACAUAUAAACUUAUCGAUGAAUCAGUUGUCAAAGGCUAUUCCUAGCACUAUUGGGAAGUUGCAGAAUUUGAUUAAUCUGUCUCUGGCAAAUAAUAGACUAGAAGGUUCUAUUCCUGUAUUUAUGGGAAGCGUGAUCAGUUUGGAAAAUCUCGACUUGUCGUACAACAACCUCUCUGGUUCAAUUCCAAAGUCUUUAGAAGCACUUCAACAUCUCGAAUACUUUAAUGUCUCUUUCAAUAGUUUAAGUGGAGAAAUUCCUAAUGGAGGUUCUUUUAGAAACUUCACUAUGGAUUCUUUUAAGGGUAAUACGGCGUUGUGUGGAAUCCCCCAGUUCCAUGUCCAAACUUGCUCUUCCAUUUCUAAUCAUAGAUCAAAGAGAAAGAAGGUGGAACGAGCUCUAUUUAUUGUUUUUGGGGUUGUGGCUUUCAUCUCAAUUGUUUCUUUGGCCUUCAUAAUUGUCAGAAACAAAAGGAAAGAUAAGACGACUAGAGAAGUUGAUGAGUUGAUAUUCAUUGUGCCGGAAAGAAUAUCUUAUUAUGAACUGCAGCAGGCAACGAAAAAUUUCAAUGAAAGCAAUUUACUUGGCACCGGGAGUUCUUGCUCUGUCUAUAAAGGAAUUCUUAACAAUGGGAAGGAUAUCGCUGUCAAGGUGUUUAAUAUGCAGCUAGAAGGUAUUUCAAGAAUAUUUGAUGUCGAAUGUGAGAUACUACGUAGCAUCCGACACAGGAAUCUGACAAGCGUCAUAAGCAGUUGCUCCAAUGAAGAGUUCAAGGCAUUGGUACUUGAAUAUAUGCCAAAGGGAAACCUUGAAAAAUGGUUAUAUUCCCACAACCCUUGCUUGAAUAUGAUGGAAAGAUUGAAUAUAAUGAUUGAUGUAGCAUCUGCUUUGGAGUAUCUUCACCAUGGUUAUUCAAUGCCCAUUGUGCACAGCGACUUGAAGCCUAGUAAUGUGUUGUUAGACGAAGACAUGGUUGCCCAUGUAAGCGACUUUGGGAUAGCAAAGUUGUUAUGCGAUGGAGAUAGCUUUGUGUUAACCAACACGCUAGCAACAUUGGGUUACAUCGCUCCAGGUGAAGUUUCUCUAAAUAUAUUGAUUGCACUCACUUGCAAUCAAUUAAUUAUAUGUCUUCUUACUGCAUACAUCAUGAUUUUUGUUGUUCCAGAGUAUGGCUUGGAAGGGCUACUUUCAACAAGGUGUGAUGUGUAUAGCUACGGGGUGAUGUUGAUGGAAACUUUUACGAGAAAAAGGCCUACUGAUGAUAUGUUUUGCGGAGAUAUGAGCUUAAAGAGAUGGGUAGAACUCUCACUUUCGGAUGUCCCAGAUGAAGUGAUAGAUGCCAACUUAGUCAUGAAUAUGGAGGAAGAAAUGAUUGACAAGAAUAUGCAGUGUGUGUCAUCCAUACUUGAAUUGGCUCUGAAAUGCUCUGCCGACUCUCCCGGGGAUAGAAUCAACAUGAAACAAGCACAUGCAGAGUUGCAAAAAAUCAAACAUCGAUUUUCCAAAUGAGAUUCAAGUAAACUAUUUCAAAGUUUCUAUGUUACUCCUAAAAGGAUAUUCAUAUCCCAUAUUUCUAUCGCAAAGUUAGCUAAUGAUGUCUUCUUCAUUUGGUGGCUUUGAUGAGGCAUGAGGUGUUGAAGAUUUUGAAGAGGCAGUAGAUGCUAAUUGGGGUGAGGUGGAUGACAUAAAGAAUGGAAAAUUUGGCUUGGUCAUUUUGUUGGUUUUUGCUAUCACUGUUUGUUGGUUUUUGCUAUCAUUGUUUGUUGGUUUCUGCUUCUUUUUUUUCUCGUUGUAAUAGACGUGUAUAUACAAGAGCACACCAUACUGCACAUAAUCAGCAGCUGCAUCUAAAAUCCUUUCUCAUCCACAAUUUGGAACCAAUUUAUU